AUGUCAUCCGCCAUUGACAUUGCCAACCUAUUUGUCACAUACGUAUGGAAGCUACACGGUCUUCCCAAAAGCACAGUCUCAGAUAGAGGCCCCACAUUUAACGCCAAAUUCAUUUGUCAUCUCUAUAAAAGGCUGGACAUUAAGCCAACAUAUUCCAUGGCGUAUCAUCCUCAGACAGAUGGACAGACUGAGCGCAUACAAAGAGAAGCUGAGAUCUUUAUACGUAUGUUUGGGAAUCAUUGCCAAUCAGAUUGGGUAGCAUUACUACCAUUGGCUGAGUUUGCUCUAAACAAUUUAAAGCAAACUUCCACAGGCAAAUCCCCUUUCCAAAUUUGUUAUGGCUAUAAUCCAAAAUUUUCAGUUGGUCAAAAAUCAGACAAAGUAGUUCCAAACGCAGAUGAACAUGCAGAAUUUCUGGAAAAAGGAUACCAUGAAGUCAAAGCAGCCCUAUCUUUAUCCCAAGAAAGAAUGAAGUACUUUUAUGAUCAAAGACAUAGGGACAAAGAUGGAAUUCAAGUAGGAGACAAGGCCUGGCUGAGUCAUCAAAAUAUAUCCACAGACAGACCCUCAAUAAAGCUCAGUCAUAAAAAGCUAGGCCCCUACCCUGUAAUUGAAAAAAUUGGAUUGCACGCAUACAAGUUACAACUACCUCACACUAUGCGUGUACACCCAGUCUUUCACAUUAAUCUUCUGACAAAAUUCCAUCCUGACCCUCAUGGACGUGACCCUCCUCAACCUGUACCUAUUGUUACAGAAGAAGGUGAGGAAGAAUAUGAAGUUGAAAGAAUCCUGGAUAGCAAAUGGAAAGGGCGUGGCAAAUCAAAGAAACUCUGGUAUUUAGUCAAGUGGAAGGGAUACAACAAAGGAAGCAACUCGUGGGAACCAGUAGAUAAUGUGGGUAACGCUCAGGAAGCCAUAGAAGAAUUUCACAUGGAACAUCCUGAUGCAGUUGGAGCUUGA